UAUUUAUUUAUUUUCUUGAAGUCAUUUGAGCCAGAAAGUAUGGAUCGUGAAUGGUUGAAGCUAUUUUUUGAGGAAAAUUACCCCACUCAAGCAAGUGGGGUUGUUGCAGCAGCCGUGACAGUCAUACUUGCUUACAGCAUACAUUCACUCGUGUCUCUGAGGAAAAAGAAUGUAGCCGUCUGGCAUCGCAAAGGUUAUAUGGAGAUACCUACUCCUAAAGAUAGCUACCCGUAUUUUGGGCAUAUGUUAUCAUUGGGGAAAAAACCCUUUCUCCAGCUCGAAAAAUGGCAUCAAGAGCUUGGUCCAGUUGUUCAUAUUGACAUGGGUAUUCAGCCAUGGGUUCUUAUCAGUGAUCCCUACAUUGCGCACGAACUGUUCGUAAAGAAUGAAGUAAAAUCGUCUGAUAGAAUGAGACACGCCUUUACAUAUGAUGUGUACAGCAAAGGUGGAAAGGGCAUAGUUUUCAUACCUCCUAAUCAAGAAUGGAAAAACUGUCGAACAGUUGCCGACACUAUAUUGUCAACAGAAAACAUUAAAAACUUUGUCAAUAUAAUUGAAGCUGUGACAGAUAAUACGAUAAACCGCCUUAAAGAAGUUUCAGAGAAGGAUGGAUCAGUUUCGCCUGUCAAAUACAUUCAGAAGGCUAUCUUUGGAAUCAUGAUCAGUUUGCUUUUUGGAAAGACUCCUGGGUCAAUUGAGGACUCUCUUCUAGACAGCAUAAUAUGUAUGGCAGAGAAUGAGCUGAGACUUGCCGGGCCUUCUGGUGACAUUGGGUCAUUCCUGCGGUAUUCCUCUUGGGUCAACACAGUCACUCGUAAAAAUAAAGAGAUCAAGUCUGUAGUUGAUACAAGAGACAAGGUCUAUGGAGAGUUAAUCAGCGAGGCCAUAGCUGGUGAGACCGAUUGUUUGGCCAAGCAGGCUAACCUACUCAAGGAGAAGUAUAAUCUUGAUGAAAUGGAUUUGAUUAUUAUUAUGGAUGAAUUGAUUGGAGCUGGUGGGGACACAACUGCUGCAUCUGCGUCCUGGCUUUUUGCAAUCUUGCCUCGAUACCCAGAUAUUCAAAAGAAAAUGGGUGAAGAGAUUGAUAAGUUUAUUGCCAAAAAUGGACGUAUACCUACAUUCUCUGAUAGAAAAGAGCUUCCUUAUGUGAUCGCUGUAUUGAGGGAGAAUCUUCGCUAUAGAAGUGUUACAUGUCUUGGACUUCCACAUCUUGCUGCUGAGGAUGUUGAGCUUCUCGGAUACUACAUCCCCAAAGGGACAGUACUUAUUAGUAGUAUGCCUGCACUGAACAUGAAUCAAGAUGUAUUUGAUGAUCCAAAGGAAUUCAACCCGGAAAGAUUUCUUGGAGACACGAGUACUUGGUCAGAGUCAACUCAAGGUGACAUCCAAAGCCGCAAUGUUUUUGCUUUUGGAUGGGGAAAGCGCUCCUGCCCUGGUGUUAAUUUGGCUGAAAUGAAUGUGUUCAAUAUUUGUGUACGCACAUUUGCGCAUUAUACAAUCGAGCCAACGCUUGGCACAGAUGGAAAGCCAAGCUAUGCUGAUUUGAAUGAUAUUCUGAGCCUGGGAACUCUCUAUGGUCCUAAUGAAUUUUCAGUAAAGAUUGUUAAAAGAGCUGUAUAAGCAUCCUCCUUAAUAUCACAUAAAAUAAAUACAAUGGUCCGUUGGCGACAGCUUAAUAUAACUUUUCACAUACUAGAAGUAUUUUGUCGUGAAAAUAUUAACUGGACUUAAUAUGUGCCAUGUAGUAAAAUAUAAAUAAAUAAACAAAUAAACAAAUAAAACCUCUUUGAAAUUGUUAACG